ACCAAAGAUAUUACACACCAAGAUAGAGCAUAGUGAGAGAGAAAACGUCCUCGAAAUAAGAUAGCUAUAUGUUUAUAUUCUGAUCAAAACCAAAACAAUAAACCACAUACAGCGAUUGGUUGAAAAGACUCGUGUUUUCCGAAGUUAUCCGAAGUGAUGAUCAAAACCAAAACAAUAAACCACAUACAACGAUUGGUUGAAAGAAUCGUGUUUUCCGAAGCUAUCCGAAUGAUGCUGAAUUGUCAAGCAGCGUUGGCAAUAUUUUUGGAAAAGUAUAUAAUCCCAGGUUUUCGCUUCCGUUCGAGAGGAAAUAUGACAUAAUUAUUUCAAUGUAAAAUGUAUCGGCUAUUGAAUAAAUGAUAAUACUGACAAUACUAAUGCUUGAUGAAUUCAGGAUAUGUUCUAAGCCAAGUUACAUAAUGAAAUUAUGUUCAUAAAUUUAAUAUAAAAAAAUAAGGAGAUGACGAAGAAAGAAGUUUGGCAACGUUGUUUAUUCAACAACCCACUUCGAAUGGCCACAUGUUUACAUAUUCUCGAAUCUUGAAUGAUACAAACGUUAUUGUUGGACGAUUUACGUGAAAACGGUGUUAGACAAUAACUAGAAAUUGUAAAAAUGGUGAAUCGCUGUGUGGUGUGCAAAAAAAUCAGCAGUAAAAGCAAUGGAAAUCCAUGCACCGAAUGCCUAUUGAUAGUGCUCGACAGAAAUUAUGGAUGGACCAGUUAAAACUGAAAAUUUCAGAAUCUUCCAAAUGGGUAUAUGUUUGCUCUGACCAUUUCUGUGACGAAGAUUUCAUCCUUAAAUUUGGAAAAAAAUGUUUGAAAACGGAAGCUAUUCCAUCCAGGAUUUCAUUGCCUGAUCCUUGUUCAAGUAACACAUUAGCGGCUUCAGACGAAAGGUAUAUGACCCAGGACCCAUCAGAUGUUGGUAAAGUUGGGGAGUCCUCAAAAUUGAUUGGUUCUGAAUUAUCAGAAACUUCAGAUUUGUCUGCUACCGCAAGUGCUUCAGAUUUAUCUGCCACAUUGACUGCUUCCGAUUUAUCUGCUACAGACAUGUCUGUUGCUUUGGCCGCUUCAGAUUUAUCAGGCAAAGUGGAUUCCUUAGAAGUAUUUGAUACUGAAAAAUUUGCAGCACCACAUACAAAUACUUCAUGUUGCACAUCGACUGCUUCAGAUGGAAGGAGUGUGACCCAGACUCUCUCAGAUAUUGGUAGAGUAGAGGAAUUUCCAAAACUGAGUGGUCUGAACUAUCUAAAACUUCAACAGCUUCAGAUUUGUCUGCUACAUGCAAUGAUUGCACCAGUCUGUUGAUACCCCUCAUCAAAAAAACUACGUGUAUUUCCUUUAUUUUCAAAUUUGAUAGUAUCUGUCCAUUGUCAUGUUGUCACACUUUCAGAAUCCUAUUGUUUCGUUUAUAUAUUCUAUUUUCCAGAUCUAUAUGUACUAAAAAUGAUGGAUAAUUUUUAUCUUGUAAUAGUGUGGUACUCACCACAUUUUCAAUUGUGCAAAAUGGUUGAAAACAAAAUAAUACUUGAUUCAAGUUCAGCAAUGAAUUCAGUAAUCUAAUAAAAGAAUUAUGCUUUCUAAUUAGUCCCUCUUAUUAUUAAUGUUGAGCUACAGGAUUAUUGUGAUAUGUUUUUAUAAAGGAAUUUUUUGUCAGUAUUAAGUUUUCAAUCAUUUAAUAAGAACAUUCAAUCAUUUAAAUUUUAAGUAUAAUUUUGAUAGACGCAUUAACUAUUUUGAGAAUUGUCUGAGUCUUGUUAUUAAUUUAUGUCAUUGUACUGUAAUGUUUUUCUGGAUGAAGUUGUAUAAUAAUAAUUAAGAAUUGUUCUUAUAA